GGUUCGGCUUCUCCUCGCGCAGACCUGCCAGAGAGCGAAGGUCGCGAAUAUCUUUCACUUGAGCUGAAGAAAUUAAAACCAAAGAAAAAAAUAUAUAUGGUAUUUUAACCUUAACUGGGAACGUAAAGUUGGAGAUUGUAAAUAGCUCGAAAGAACUGCACUUAUAUAAGCUUCGAUAAUUUUUAACCGACGUGCUUUGAGUACUGUUUCAAAAUAUUUUGCUCAAAAUACUGCAAGGAAUUAGUUUCUGAAAAAGGAAACUGCUGCGGUGGAUCUGAGGAUUUCGUCUGACAAAAUUUCACCAGCGCGACUGUGAACCGAAAGACAUUUUUCGGAAGAUGGCAGCGAGCGUCGCCUCAGAAAGUGUGUUUCUGUCUGUCCUGCAGCCCAACAACAGUGCGGUGACCUCCUACGCGGUGCCCACCGAAAUCCAGCUGGAACAUGGGGGCAGCUUGUCGGACGAGGCUGCAAAAGCCAGGAGGGUCCAGCAGCAGGUUCAGCUGCGCCUGGCGGAGAAGACCAGCGUCUCAUCCGGCACCCUACCCCGGACGAACGGUUCCGUAUCUAAUUACGCCGCGUCGGAUUACGGAGGUGCCACUGCAAUGAAGUUCUCCACCUACAGCCCUGGGUUCAGCUCCAGGUCGCAAAUGUACAGCGUGAACAGGACGCUGCCGCCCGCCCGUGUGUCCCAGUACUCCGCCGGCUACUCGUCUCGCUCCGCAGUGGAUUUUGGCCCUCGAAUGAGGCCCAGCGUGGCGGGUGCCGUCGGGGGCAGUAUGUACCAGGAGGAGCUGCCAAUGGCUGGCUACCAGACCAGCCGCCAGCAGGUGUUGACCCACACACUGAGCCGGCCCGACCCAGAAACCAUGUCCCUGCACUCCAUGCGAAUGUACAGCAUGCCUCCGCAGCCCAAUCCUGUUUCAAACUGGGUGGCCCAGGACGGCAGCGAGGGCAGCCUGCUGUCUGAGCGCGAGGCCGGGCCAUACCAGGCACCCGUCUACGCCACCACCAACGGUUAUUCCACCCAAGUGCGGCAGGUCUCCUCCGCGCCCUCCACCAUGCGGCGCUCCCUCAGCGGCACACUGGGCCAGGCGAUGAUGGCCGGCGGCGGUGCCACCACCGCCGAGUUUGUGCAGCAGCAGUCGUUCAAGGGCCCUGCCUUCCGCACCAUCAGCCGCAUAAACAACCGUAGCAACCGCAUGAGCAUCGGUUCCAUGUCGUCCGCCGGCGGCAUGCAGCAGCAGAUAUCCGGCAAUGUCUAUGGGAGCAGCAGCCGUAUGGCCAUGGGCCAGAUGGUGAGCAGUUCCCCAGGCAGCGUGGUCCUCAUGCAGCCGCGCCAGGCCACCCUGCCUCGCGCUCUCUCCGUCAAAAGCCUACACAGCGUGGGCAGGGGCGCCGAUGUGAUGGACAACUGGAACAUGACUGGAAGCAUGGGCAACCUGAACGGGUUCACUAACAUGGAUAUGAAUACAGCAGUCAACUACCUAAACCUGCAAGACCCAGAAAUGCAGGUGCCAGGGGCCGCGUACAUCCAGCACGAGUGCUACCAUAAUCGUGAGGCCAAAGAACAGGUACGCCAGCUCGGGGGAAUCUCAGCCCUGGUGCAGCUUUUAAGCAGUGAUAACCAGGAGGUCCAGCGCUAUGCCACAGGUGCCAUGCGCAACAUCAUCUAUGAGAACGUACAGAACAAGACAGCACUCAUCGAGGCGGGCGGCAUCCCCCAGCUGGUGAAUGCGCUUGCGGAGCCUGACGAUGAGCUUCGCAAGAACAUCACCGGGAUCUUAUGGAACCUGUCCUCUAAAGACAACCUUAAGGAGAAGCUGGCAAAAGAGACACUACGUGAACUCACAAAGACGAUCCUGCUCCCCCUUUCUAAUACGGAAGGGUCUGAAGGGAUCCAACAAAGCCCAUCUGAGGUGGACAUUUUCUACAACACCACUGGCUGCCUAAGGAACUUGAGCUCUGUGAACGAGAAGACACGACGUCAGAUGCGGGAGACGUCUGGUCUGGUUGACUCCUUGGUGGCCUACAUUCAGAGCUGCAUCGAGAGCAGCAAGGUGGAGGAAAAGGGUGUGGAGAACAGCGUCUGUGUACUGAGGAACCUGUCUUAUCAGCUGUACAGUGAAAUGCCAACUGAUGUUCAAUUACGACUGGAGGGACCCACACGGGGGCAGGAUGACCUGAAGAAUGACCCAAUUGGGUGCUUCACCCCACAGAGCAAGAAGGCAAAGGAUAGACAAAACCAGGAUAUAUCCACUUUUACAGAGGUGUCAAAGGUACCCAAGGGGCAAGAGUGGCUCUGGCACCCCAGUGUGGUGAGGUUGUAUAACCUUGUGCUGCAGCGCUGUGAGAUCAACGCUGUCACGCGUGAGGCGGCUGCUGGCGCCCUGCAGAACAUCACUGCUGGGGACAAAAGGUGGGCUUCUGUUCUGAGCAAGGUGGCACUGGAACAGGAGCGAAUUCUCCCGGUACUGCUGGACCAUCUGCGUACCGAUAAUGAUAUGGAGCUGCGCUCUCUCACUGGCUUCCUCCGGAACCUCUCUCGUCAUACCAAGAAUAAGGGUGAUAUGGCCACUAAGUUGGUGUCCAACCUGCUCACCAAGCUGCCCAGUGAUGGUUAUCAGAAGGAUCCUUCCACUGAUGUCGUGUUGAACAUCUGUGGCACCUUGAACAACCUGGUGGCGGGAAGCUCCGUGGCGGCUCGGGAUAUCACCUACUUUGACGGGGUGCAGAAACUCAUUGGGAUCAAGAACUGCCGUGACAGCAGCCCGCCGAAGCAGAAGGCUGCCAAAGCAGCUGCCACCGUGCUCUGUAAUAUGUUCCAGUACAAGAAGCUUCAUCGGGAUUACAAACAGAAAGGGUUCACGAGACAAGACUUUGCGGACAUUACCGUAUAAACCUUUACUCUUUAUUUUCCACCUGCAAGAUGAGUUUGCAUCUCUUCCGCCCCAGGCAGGAAUAUUCAGCAAAAAACGCUAGCUGUAGACAAUCAGCUAUGUGCUGUCCAUUCAGUCAAAGCGGCAGCCCUAACUGUAGGGGCUGAUACAGGACAAGCUACCACAAAGGACCAUUUGUGCUCAUUAUCUGGAUAUUUCCCUCCGAUUGGAUGUUUAAAUAUUCUUCAUGACUUUUCCCCUGGCAACUCAAAAGUAGCAUCCAAGCAGAUUUCAGGGAUGGGGGAAUGAGCUCCUACUCCCUAUGUUUCAUACCUAGUCUCCUUUUGCUGGCUCCGGACUGAGCACUGCCGUGUUUGUGUGUUGCUGAGAGUACUAGACAGGGGCUGUUCAAAUCACGGUCCUCAAGGGCCGAGGACUGCUGAUUUUCCAGCCUUCCUUUACCUGUGAGGUGGGUGUGAAGGCUCAGUGGCCAAUCAGAAUCAGUAAUUAUUAAACUAACUACCUGGGAGAACUGAAAACAAGGCCUGGAUUUGGAAUUGAGGGCCAGAUUUGAAGAGCUGUACUUAUACCCUUCUUUGCAUGCCUGCUGUCAGAUCCCCUUUUUCUGCAGAUCACCACCACAUGCCACUCAUAUUCUGGCAGCAGUUACUGUGGAGAUAAGGGUCACAUUUUUACCCUGAGUGUUUGUAGCUGACUGAUGUGGUUCAAUCUGGUUUCCUGUCUGCCUUGCCUUCACACACAGGGGAGUCAAACAGUUUUCUUUCUCCAGCAAUCUGUAUAUUAUGGAUUUCCUCAAAGUCCCGUUAAAUCAUGAAUCUUUGAAACUUUAGAAUUGUUCUUGUGUAUGUUAAGAGUUCAAGUUUGUUUAAAACAAAUAUUGAGCAGGUUGAGAGAUCUUGUAGUAUACACUGGGUCAGGGAUUUUGUAUUUGUCUUUUUUCCUGCUUUUAAACUCGCCUGUUUUAUUAAAUGCUGUAAAAUGGUGGUAAAUACUGUAAGUUGGACAGUCAGUUUGGUGCCUAUGUAAGCGUGUUACCAUUUUCUGGUGCUCAACAUAAUGCUUGGCUAAGAUUUAUCCUUAGGAAAAUGUAUAAUAUGAUUGGUCUCCACUAAAUAAGUGCCUAGUUAAUGAAGUAACUGGUUAAUGAUCACAGUGGGCCUCUCUGAAGGUUUUUUUUAAAAAAAUCUAAUAAAAAAAAAAUAGAAAACAACCUGAAAACAGGUUUACUGAUCCCACAAACGACCAAGACAAAAAUAUUUGCCGAGGGCAGCUAAACUGCUCCUUCUGAAACAGCUCUUUCAGUAUAAUGUCAGAAAGGUUCUGGGUGCUGCUCAUUUUCAUUUUCUUGCCAGGUUUUUGGUAAACCAAACUUGUUCUACUUUUAAUUACUUAAAUUAAGCAGCACCAUAAAAGUAACCGUUUUUGCAAAUUACAUCCAAUAGGUACCAAACCCCUUUAAUAAUUUUAUAGUAUUUAGUUACCUUAAGUGCCUAUAAAGGGAGUGUUUUGAAAGUGGAAAUAUUGUGUAAAAAUGUAUUUAUUUAAUUGCUCUUAACAGAAUUGUGAUUGGUUUUAUUUUUUAAGUUCUUAAACUAAAAGAAUGGUUUCUAUUAUUCUUUGGCAAACUGACUAAAUCUAAUCAAAAUAUUAUGGAUCUUAAACCCAUUAAAGACUGCUUCAGCAAGUUAACUUUUUCGCUCUAAUAUUUUUGCACCUAAAUGGGAGUUUGCUUGGUUUCAUACUACAAUUUCUGGUCUCAAGUAGGCCUGCACUUCCAGCUCUGUCCACCGCAUGGCAGCACUGAAACAUAAAGUAAUUUUACUGUAUUCUGGUUACUUGUUUGGUACUGUGACAGUCCAUUAGUCCUCCUUGAAAUACUUAGAGCUGUAGUCCCGUUGUUGAGUUACAGCCAAAAUUAUUUCUGUAGCUUAUAGUCUCUGGUAGGCUCUAUGUUCUCAUUUUGUAUGUAAUAUUCAUUUGGAAUAAAAAUAAAGAGCUUAGACAUGCA